CAAGUUUUAUGGCCAAAGACCAAUCACUGAAUCUAGAUUUCCGCACCCCAAAACCAGCUGUCUUCUGCUCUUCGAGUGCCAAAGUUCACGAGCUUCCUCGGUGUAUGGAUGAUGAUGGCACUAGCAAUGGCACCCGUUCCACCAACCAUUUUUGUCCAUCACAACCUAUUGUCCUAACCAGUUCAUCCAAGUCGCAAGUUACAUUAUUGAAGCCUUCAUUCAGCAGAAGUAAACGAGCAAAUGAAAACAAAACAAGGUGCUCUUCAGAACAAUCUUAUGCUGACAGUUCAAACAAAUCGAGUGAAACUGGCCUACCAAAACCAUCACACAGAAGUUCUCCUAAGGCAAGCCAUGCUAACCCUAUCAAUUCAUCGAGUGCAAUUCUUGUCAAUCAAGUCAUUCAGGUUUCUGUGCAUCCUAAAAGAAAGCGCGCCGAGUUUCUGGAGAACAGUGAUAAAGGAGAAACUGCAAAAGUGCACCAAAAAGAUUGUUGCGAAAGGAGGAACUUGGACACAAUAAAGAGUAAAGACUAUACGACAGAUGUCCCACAUGACACAAAAUUAAUGCUGGAUAUCAAGGAUGUGCUUAGCGCAAAAACAAUAGAGACAAAAGCAAAGUCUAUGGUUGGCAAGGAUGAGAUAAACGCCACGACAAAAUCAAAAAGAAAGCCAGCAGUUGUCAAAGAGGAGUUAACUAAAAAGGCGAUAGAUCAUCAGAAGGAUGUUACUCAAAAGGUGGCAAAGGCAAAGACAGUACUUGCUAAGGAUGAGCUAACUUUAACAGCGAAGACACAAACAAAACCCGAUGUUAACAAGAACGAGUCAGCUGAAAAGGCGAUAGAUCAUCAGAAGGAUGUUACUCAAAAGGUGGCAAAGGCAAAGGCAGUGCUUGCUAAGGAUGGGCUAACUUUAACAGCGAAGACAAAGACAAAACCCGAUGUUAACAAGAAUGAGUCAGCUGAAAAGGUCAUAGAUCAUCAUAAGCGAGGUGAGAUGCGUCUUCUUACAGUUGCUGAGCUGAAGUGCUUCCUCAGUAUAAAAAAAGCAAAAGUUGGAGGUACAAAGGAAGUGCUUAUCCAAAGAGCAACUGAACUCCUUUCUUGAGAUAGCCUUAAAUGUGCAGUAAUGCGUCGCAACAUGGUGUAGAUUCAGGCUGCUUCAUCUACUGUGUGUUUAUAUUAUAUGCGGUCAGCAUGAUAUUGGAAGUACUCUCAGCAAACAUGAUAUUAGAUCAUUAAGAGGUAUUUACUUAUAUAAUCGGUAGAAUUGUUGAUAUCAAGCUGCUGUGCAUGAUAUUUUG